AUGGUCGCGGCCGAGCUGCUACUUCGUGCGAUGACCAGCAUGAAAGCCAUUUACAUUGUAGUGUGCUCAUGUCUGCAAGAAGCUCAGCGCUUGAGCAAGAAAGGACUUUCGAUGUCAGCUCACGGCUUCCUUGCCAAAGUUGCGGUUGAUGGCGUGGUCACUGCUGGCUGA